AUGGACAUGAUUUUGGAAUAUUUCAAGAAAUUCGUUCAACCGAAGCUCGUAAUUUGUGUUCGUUUAGAAUCUAUCUCGGAUAUUUCUCAAGAAAUUCUUUCAACCGAGCUCGUAAUUUGUGUUCGUUUAGAAUCUAUCUCGGAUAUUUCUCAAGAAAUUCAUUCAACCGAGCUC